GGGCACCCCACCCCAUCGAAAGCAGCUAGUCAUCGUUGAAAAAUCCACCGUUCCAGUGUUGAAUGUUCGUCCUCAGUGAAGGACAACAAGAGACUGACACGAAGAGACCGCGAAACGAAUCUUUGAUUCCUCCACCAGGUCAGAGCUGAUGAUGGGAUUCUUCGCCCACACCUGCCCCUUUCUGCUCCGAGUUCCUCGGAUCUUCAUACAGAGGGCGGGGCCCUCGCUAGCUGUCUACGCUCAGCGCUGCCCCGUGAUGUCCCGCGGCGUGGCCACCUCUAUUCUCAACCUGCAGUGGGCCAAGGAGAACGAAUCGUCUGGGGCUGGCGGCUUUCCGUCACCGCUGCUGGCCUCGGCCAAGACCAUGACCCAUUCCGGCAGCCAGGUCGUCUCCUCCAACUGCCCUUUCGCGGAGUUGGAGGUUCAGGGGGGCCUGAGCACGCUGAUCUGCAAGGCCAGCCUGGAGGUGCAGGAAGACGUGGCAGUCAUGGUCCCCCGGAGAGAACUCCUCACCCAGACCGAGGCGAUUCUCGACUGGCAGCCGGAGCAGGAUAACGAGGUCCAAGAUCGCAAACAAGCAAUUACUCAUCUUCUCCAGGACAACAUGGACAGGGAUAACGCCUUUGACUACGACGGAUUCUUUGAGCUCAAGAUCGAGGAAAAGAAAGAAGACCAUACCUACCGUGUGUUCAAGACCGUGAACCGGAAAGCGGAGGAGUAUCCUUUCGCGGAGCACUACGCUGAGCCGAUGGCGGAAGGACACGACGUGUCGGUGUGGUGCAGUAACGACUAUCUGGGAAUGAGCCGACACCCCCGCGUCCUGAAAGCCAUCAUGGAGACGGUGCAGCAGCACGGCGCAGGGGCCGGAGGGACGCGCAAUAUCUCGGGGACCAGCAAGUUCCACGUGGAUCUGGAACGGGAACUGGCGAGCCUUCACCGGAAGGACGCCGCCCUCCUCUUCUCGUCCUGCUUCGUGGCCAACGACUCCACCCUCUUCACCCUGGCCAAGAUGUUGCCCGGUUGUGAGAUCUAUUCCGACGCUGGGAACCACGCCUCCAUGAUCCAGGGCAUCAGGAACAGCAGGGUGCCCAAGUUCGUCUUCCGGCACAACGACGCCCAGCACCUGGAGCAACUGCUGAGGCAGUCGGACCCCAAGACUCCAAAGAUCGUGGCAUUUGAGACGGUGCAUUCGAUGGAUGGUGCAAUCUGCCCCCUGGAGGAGUUGUGCGAUGUCGCGCACAGCUACGGGGCAAUCACCUUCGUGGACGAGGUGCACGCGGUGGGGUUGUACGGGGCCCAGGGCGCCGGGAUUGGAGAGCGGGACGGCGUCCUCCACAAACUGGACAUCGUGUCGGGAACACUCGGGAAAGCCUUCGGCUGCGUUGGAGGCUACAUCGCCAGCACGGCCGCGCUGGUGGACGCUGUGCGCUCCUUCGCCGCCGGCUUCAUCUUCACCACGGCACUGCCUCCCAUGGCGCUGGCCGGCGCCCUGGAGUCCGUGCGCACUCUGCGGGGCCAGGAGGGCCGGCUGCUGAGGCGCGCCCAUCAGCGCAACGUCCGGUACAUGAGACAACUGUUGGUGGACGCGGGACUGCCCAUCAUCAAUUGCCCCAGCCACAUCAUCCCCAUCCGGGUGGGUGAUGCCGCCAAGAACACGGAGAUCUCUGACGUCCUCCUGAGCCAGCACGGCAUCUACGUCCAGGCCAUCAACUACCCGACAGUGCCCCGCGGGGAGGAGCUGCUGCGGCUUGCUCCCUCCCCACACCACCAGCCGCACAUGAUGGGCCGUUUCGUGGACUGCCUGGUGGGUGUCUGGAAGGAUCUGGGCCUACCCAUCCAACACCUGUCCCCGACGACCUGCAGCUUCUGCCAGCGGCCCCUGCACUUCGAGCUGAUGAGUGAAUGGGAGCGCACCUACUUCGGUGGAUCAGAGGGCCAGUACAUUACAGGGUGCGCCUGAACCACAGCUCGAGCACUUUGGUCCGGGCAAACCAUUAAAACAAUGAGUCCUGGACACAUUAUAAAAGCCAAACCCCUCGCUGUAACGCCUACACAACAUAUUCCCUUCGCUUUUGUGCCGACACACCCCACACGCCUCUCCGUAACACCAACACACCCACACCACUCAGUGUAACACCAACACACCCCACCCCACAUUGGGCACCGAAACACUCCUCACCCAUCACAGUAACACCGACACACUCUGCCCAUAUCCCCACCGUAUCCCGCACCGCUCAGUGUAACAUGUACAUCUUACCUGUACAUUUCACUUAAGCACCAGCGUUAUCCCGGGACGUCCCGAGGUCACACCCCCGUCAGCCGCUUCUCCCGUGCACACAAAGUGCUGCGGCUGUCCUGGACAAUGCCAACCACCUCAAGGUCUCUUUCUCACCACUCCUCCAAGGUUAGCCGCCAUAAAAAAAACUCAAUCUACUAUUUUCAAAUAUGUACACAACUGCAUACACUCAGUUCCACACAACAUAUAACCAAUUCACACAUCUCAGCUUUCUGGAUCGCUAUAGUCAUGAACAACCUUACCCAAACAAAACUCAUGUUCCCUGCCACUCGCUGUAAAGACUUAUUAACAAUAAACAAGACCCAAAACUUACAAAAGGUCAUUUUUCUUUGA